CAGACUUUGACUAAGGCGUGCUUCGAACUUUUCCAAAAAGAUAAAAAUCCUACUGAUUAUAUUAUGCGUGAUACUGUUUAUAAUGCUUUAGUUGAGGAACAUCCUGAUGAAAUCACAAAAAUUGAAUGUGCUAAGGGCGGUUGGAGUAAGUACUGGACAGAAGUACUUCAAUCAACGAAUGCAGUAAUCAAUGUCUUUGGCAAGGCUUUUAUUGGAGAUUUUCUCGGUCACAAGGCAACAACUGAAGAAGCGAAUGAUUACCUUUGGAGUGAAGUAGAUCUGAAUAAUAACGAUUCACACGAUACUUAUAUAAAUCGUAUUAUUAAAGAUGUGUUGAAAAUAAAUGAACGUACUGCUGAUAACUGUGCAUUU